ACCCUGUGGGCGUGAUCUCGCCUUGCAUCAGGACCAGCUGCUGCUCCUGCUUCUCCGGGGAUCGCAGCAUCAGCUGAGGCGGCAGGACAUGAAGUAGGAGCCCGGCGAGCACCCACAGCUGCCAGCAUGGCCCAGAUCACCAGCCUCCCUCCCAGCUUCGAUAUGUCACCGGUGGCGGCCGGGUUCGUCGGUGCCGCCGUGCUGGUGGUGUCCGUCUCCGUGGCCAUCUUUUUGUGGACCUGCUGCCACCACCGCGCACAGAAGAAGAAUAAAAAUCCACCGUACAAGUUUGUUCACAUGCUGAAGGGCAUUAGUAUCUACCCCGAGACUCUAAGCAACAAAAAGAAAGCCAUCCGCAAAGAGAAGACGCCCUCGGACAAUUGCCCCUCCCGGGCAAACCUUACCCCGGACAGAGCCGAGGCUGGCUUAAUGGAGCCUGAACGUGGUCCAAACGGACUUGGCACCGCCACCUGCACGGACCAGCUGCCCGUCAGAGGGGACUACGGGGACGAAGUAAGCCCGGUCCAGAGCCUGACGUCCGGCAGCAGCAAGACCCUGUCGCCGGCGUCCCCAGAAGGCGAGGUCGCGCUCGGAUCCCUUACGCUCUCCGUGGACUACAACUUCCCAAAAAAAGCUUUGGUGGUGACCAUCCAAGAGGCCCACGGGCUCCCCGUGAUGGACGAACACUCCCAGGCCUCUGACCCCUAUAUUAAGAUGACCAUCCUACCCGACAAGAAGCACAGGGUGAAGACCAGGGUAUUGCGAAAGACGCUCGAGCCCGUGUUUGACGAGACCUUCACCUUCUAUGGGAUUCCCUACAGUCAGCUCCACGACUUGGUGCUUCACUUCCUGGUGUUGAGCUUCGACCGUUUCUCGCGCGAUGAUGUCAUCGGCGAAGUCAUGGUGCCUCUGGCAGGGAUCGACCCAAGCACUGGGAAAGUGCAGCUCACGAGAGACAUCAUCAAGAGGAACAUUCAGAAAUGUAUGAGCCGGGGGGAGCUGCAGGUGUCGCUGUCCUACCAGCCCGUGGCUCAGAGAAUGACUGUGGUGGUGUUAAAAGCCAAGCACCUGCCCAGAAUGGACAUCACUGGCCUCUCAGACCCGUACGUCAAAGUGAACAUCUACUACGGCAGGAAACGCAUCGCCAAGAAGAAGACCCACGUGAAGAAGUGCACCCUGAACCCGGUGUUCAACGAAUCCUUCAUCUACGACAUCCCCGCGGAGCUGCUGCCCGACAUCAGCAUCGAGUUCCUAGUCAUCGACUUCGAUCGCACCACCAAGAACCAGGUGGUGGGCAGGAUCAUCUUAGGGGCGCACAGCGUAACCGCCGACGGCGCCGAACAUUGGCGGGAGGUGUGCGACAACCCCAGGAAGCUCAUUGCCAAGUGGCAUAAUCUGAGCGAGUACUAGGGCAAACAUGUCGUAAAGGAGGGGCAAAUACAUUGGGGCGAAAAGGAUGGACAGGUCGGGGAGGUGGCAGGAAUAUCCCCCUUUUUGUGUAAUCGUGUAUAUCCUUCUCCUGUCACCGCGGCGGCGUCCCGGGUCCGCCCGGCCCCGAAGGUGUUCACCUCGUUUUAGUGGUAGCUUAAAGUUUUCUUAGGCGAUGUUUUACCGGACACGAUAACUUCAGACACUUCAUUACUAAAUGGUUCGUUGACACGAUGACAAAUAUUUAUUCGUAGCCGGACUCUAAUAAUCCCGUAAUUGCAUGUUUAUGGCCGACUGGAAUUGUCUAACCGAUCCCUGGGGUGUCUUUGGUUCUUCUCGCUGAAAACCCUGUGCAUGUCUGGUACCUGCGCUGCUUUCCCGCCGAUCCCUGUCCGGCUGAGAGUGCUGAGGGUUCUUCCUGCGCGGUGUAGAAGGGGGGGGGGUUUGGCACCCAAGCAGCUUGCGACUCGGUUUUUUGAAGCGGGGAGUCUGAGAUCUCUCAGCUCCUUAGGCUCCGGCGCAGCGAACAAGCUUUCUAGUGUCACGGUGGCACCACUACGUAGCAUGCGUUUCAGAUCACCGUUACAGCUUCUCUCUGUUCCCGGCACUGAAAUCUGA